AUGGGUGGUGGUCGUCGACGACGUAUAGAGCGUUCUACAAGUAGUAUCGAUCGCCGCUAUAAACGUCCACGUAAUAGUUCAGAACGACAUCGACGAAAUGAAUCACGUAAUCGACGUGCCCGUAGACGUUCUUGGAAUAAAAAGAAUUCAGACCACGUUGUGAGUUUGAAUUGUUCUUAUCAUUUGAAAUUAAUUUCAGGUGUAUAA